UGUAAGAAGGUAGGUAGAUUGGAUAUUAUGUUUUGCAAUUUAUUGCGAAGACUAUUGGGAAAUGUAAAUAUUAUAGAAUACAUGAAAUAUAUUCAUAUUUGUGUGCAUUUUAGAGGUGGUGGAUUAUAUGAUUAAGGGGGUUGUUAGAAAAAAAUUGGGAUAUGGGGAGUAUUAUAUGAAAAUUUUGAAUAUGGUAGACCAGUUAUCUAUCGUGGUGAAUAUAAUGCUAAUGGUACAAAGGUAGGAAGAUGGGAUAUUAUAAAGUUUAAUAGAUAUAUGAGAGAAUUAUAAAUUGGAUGUAUAAAUUUUGAUGAGAAUGGAAAUGCGAUUUAGUAUUUAAAGACUUUUUAUAUUUAGUAAAUCUGAAUUUUUUGUUGGAUCAUACAAAAAUAGUUUGAAGGUAGGUAGAUGGCAUUUCAUAUAUAAUGGAGAAAAAAUGUAAAUUAUCAUAUGUAUUAGGAAAAUAAUAUUCAUUUAUUUUAGUAUUUAUUUUAGUGGUGGGGGAUCAUAUGAUUAAGAGGGAAAUUAGAUAAAAAUUAAAAGUGGAUGGAAUUGGAUGAAUAGUUUAGUUCAAAUAUAGAUGAAACAAGUCGAUUUUUGGUGUUUUGGUUUUUAAUUGGGGUAUUAAUUAAAUAAAAUAUAACUUAUAAUAAAUUUUAUUUUUUUUGGAAAGAUUAUUAAUCCUGGCCUAUGGACCAAGCAAUUUUUCUAAAUAUAUAGUUCUUUUUGCAAAUUCAGAAGAAAUAAAUAGAUAAUGAAUAUUUAAAUGUCGUGUAUUUUUUAGUAGUGGUGGAUCAUAUGAUUAAAAAGGGAAUUUGAAAAGAUUGGAAAGUGGGUAGAUUUGGAUGAAAAGUUUAACCAUUAGAAAAAAAUCACUUAUAUUGGUGAAUAUAAUAAAAAUGUACAAAGGUUAGUAGAUGGGACAUAUGUAUUGUGAAUAAAGAAAGGAGAAAUAUCAACAAAUGUAUGCACCAUUAAGUAUAUAAAAAAAUGUAAUGAGUAUAAAAUAUAUGUGUGUGUUUAGAGGCGGUGGAUCGUAUGAUUAAGAAGGAAAUUGCAAAAAGAUUGGAAAGUGGGUAGAAUUGGAUGAAGAGUUUAGCUCUGCUAAAUAAAUAACUUAUAACGGUCAAUAUAAUAAGAAAGGUAUGAAAGUAGGUGCAUGGAUAGAAAUGGAUUUAAGGAUAAUAAAAUAAGAGGAGAAAAGAAAUAUGAAAAUUGAAAAGUCUAUAUAAAUAUUAAUUUUACAUUAAUAUCUAAAUGUACUUUAGUUUGCCAAUUAUAACUGUUGUCUCAGCAGUCACACGGGUUUGCCCUUUAUAAAUUUUUGUCUCAGCAGUCAAAUGAAAAAACUUUCUAUUAAUUUUUAAAGUUUUUAAUAAAUUUUGAAAAAAAUAAAAAAAAAAAAACUUUCUACUUCUAACAUAGGUUGA